AUGGAAGCCAUGAUGAGUAUGGACGUGGAUAUGAACUCUGAUUCAGAUCAAGAAGCCGAGUUCGAUUCAGGUGAAAAAGCUAUCAAAAACAAGUCUGAAAAACGAGAUGGAGAUACGAUAGUGGAGGGAGGAAGAAAAAGACGGAAAGUCAAGAAGAGUAAAUCGGAGAUGAACGAAAAGGGAUAUAUGGUGACAAAAGAUUAUUGGUCGGAAGAAUCUAUUUCUGGCGAUGAUGACUCGUCUCCGACUUUGAAAGAAGUGAAAGAAGAAAAUAAAACGCAAGCAUCAAAGAUGAAGAUGAAACCACCUCCCGUCGUAGCACCCAAGAGAGGGGGAUCGGGACAAAGUACAUUACAAGGGUUUUUCAAGAAGAAAUGA